AUGGGAGAGGAGGUAGACACAGGUGACGCCAGAUUUGCAUUUUCUGAUGCAUUUUGCACAUUAUGGAAAUGGGCGGCAGAUGCAAGUGGCUUCACUCCUGCUCAGAUCACUUUGCCCAACUGCUGGCAGUCGGAUGAGGCCUAUUCUGGUAGCGCUUGGCUGGAGGUUGGAGCCCCACCAGGGAAGGCUCUUGCGCAGCUGCAGGUCAGCUUGUCGUUGACACCAGAUCGCCGAGUCGACAGUUUCACCCCCGAACACGUACAGCUUUACAUCGCCGAAGAGGGCGAACCCUUUGGCGAGCUUCCAAUCUUUGAAUCGGAGCAGUUCUGGUGGUUGGCCUUCCCUGGAGAGCCUAUUACCUUGCCCACACGAGAACUUUUGCCUCCCCGGACCUCACGGGCCAAGCUUUGUGUCAAACGCGCCGCCUGUGGUGGUCGCAACGUGCGGAUCGCCAGCAUCAAAGUCCUCACGAAGCGCCUCAAGCGACGGCGAGAGGACGAAGGACGAUUGGCCGAGCGGCUUUGGGUGAACAAGGAGUUCGCCGACAUCUUAGUGAGAUGCAAUGAUGGGGCAGAACUUAAGGCGCACCGUGCCGUUCUUGCCAUCGCCUCACCGGUGUUUCGCGUGAUGCUGAACUCGCCCAUGAAAGAGGGCGCAUUGGGUGAGAUCAGCUUGCCUUGCACCGAGGGUGUAGUCCGCUCCUUGCUGAAGCAUUGCUAUGGCCUGCCAUAUGAUGCUAAUCUGACUUUGGAGGAUGAGCUGGCGCUGGUUGAGCAAGCGCAUGCCUUCGAGCUCACUUCACUUUGUGAGGAUGCGGCCUUCUCCGCCAUCGAGCGGUUAAGUGAGACCACGGUGGUGCAGCUGAUCAAGGAUGGUCUUCACACCACGGUGGUGCAUGCUUAG